ACAGUUUUUAGGAGAAUAUAAAUACACCUUCAUCAGCUCACCAAUGCACAGCAAGUUUUUCCGGAAUAAAAGAUCUCGCUGUCACCUCUUUGCUUAUGAGACUUCAAUGUGUGGUAGGUUGUCACAGUCAAGAAGCAGUAGUGAAGUUUGUAUUGACUAAUUUUGGCCGAUCGGACAGCUCUGGUGAAGGCCACUUCCCCAGACGAGGGGCGUUGAUGGACCGAGGGUGUAACUUAGCGGAUCCCAGCCCGCCACUCAUGGCUAUAUCUGGCGUCUUCACAUAGACCUAAUUGUCAGAGGAGGGUUGGGAGGCGAGGUGUGUGUGGCGCAGUGCGGCAGAUUCAUGACAUUUCUCCAGCUGCAUUGGUGGAAAGCUGAAGCUCCGGUAACCCGAGACGAAUUGCAGGAAUACGGAAUCCAGCUGAAUGAGAGCAGCCGACGCUGCCUAUCUACUCCUCUUAUCCGCCUUCAUUCAUCUUCUUCGUCACGUGGGGUGCAAAAAAUCCCUGCUGAGACACGACGCAAUUUUCAGUAGUUUUUCCUCGCAGCGAUGCGAUCCCUUUAGGAAGCAUAGACUGGUUGUGGCACGAUUAUCUACGCUUUACCUGCACUCUGCUGCAACUGUGGGCUGACAAUAAGGGAUUUACCAUACACCAGUAUUACACCAUACAAUGACUUGCCGGAAGUGCACAUAUUGGUUUGAGAAAUGUAAAUAGCACACAGAGACUAAUAUUUGGAUUACGACAGAAGAAGGCAUUGAGUUGACAAAGCAGAAAAGUGUGCAAGAAAAAUAACAGAGUUCUGCAAUCCUAGCAUCGCCUGGUCCAUAUUAUGGGCACAAUCGUACGUGGACACGAAAUCAUCACAAGUGACGAACAACUUGCUGAAUUCCGAGAGGCCUUCAGUCUGUUUGAUAAGGAUGGUGACGGUACAAUUACGACGAGUGAGUUGGGGACAGUGAUGAGGUCUCUGGGUCAGAACCCCACCGAGGCAGAAUUACAGGACAUGAUCAACGAGGUGGACGCCGAUGGAAACGGGACUAUCGAUUUCGAGGAGUUUUUACAAAUGAUGGCGCGGAAGAUGAAGGACACAGACAGCGAGGACGAGCUCCGCGAAGCCUUUCGGGUCUUUGACAAAGAUGGCAACGGCUUCAUCAGUGCCGCUGAACUCAGACAUGUUAUGACGAAUCUAGGAGAAAAGCUUACGGAUGAAGAGGUGGAUGAAAUGAUUAAAGAAGCAGAUUUGGAUGGGGAUGGUAUGGUCAAUUAUGAAGAAUUCGUGACGAUGAUGACAAUGAAAUGAUAACAACUGACUGGGCAUCGAUUCCAUUUACAAGAAUGUAUUAUACACUUUUAACCAUCAAAAGCGUUUGCCAUAUUCGUGGAGACAUGAUAAACCAAUCGUAUAUCUAUAAGUUAUUCAAUCAUUAUCAAGAGACCGCAUGUCAUUCUCCAAAUUCUUUCUCCAAUAGACGGUAAGCCAGCGUACAUAUCGAACAAACUACUUGCUUUGGUAUGUUAUAAUUUCACUUGACAUAUAAGCCGUCCGUCUGAAUGGCCAGUCAUAUGAGACAGAUUGCAUGUGUAUGGCGACUGACAAAUGUGGUAUCUGUGACCAUAACAACAGAUCUACAGGCUCAAAUAAUGGCAGUCUCGAUGACCACGUUGAAUCAAGAAACAAGGGACUCGAAGUGUGACUAAAGCCGAUCUGGAUGUGUCUUUGUGGAUAAGAUGAUAGUCUCUCAUCACAAAGCUGAAUAACAUGCAUACAACCGGUAUAUCAUAUUUCUUGGCCAUUCUGUAGCAACACCUUGAUAGUUUCUGAUCUGUGACAUUUUCAGUUCUCAAUCAAGCGAAACUACCACACAGUUUGCAUGGCUGUUUCUCUAAGCAAAGGGUCCCCAGGCUGAACCAUACGGGUAGAACUCGCUGCGGUAUGUGACGCACACAGUAAAUAGGCACCCCAAGUUAUCUCAGUCAAGGUAACCCUUGAUUUCGGAGAAACACUGGAGUGUUUCGUUACCCCUGGCAACUCGUGUUCACAUGGUUGCAUGCAGAAAAUUCUAUGCACUGCAAGAACUAUUAACAUCAAGAAGUGCCCAAAAAGUACUGGUAUCAUGGUAUACUGGUAUAAUGGUCAUGCACUUGCUAUUCUCUCUUCUGUGCUCUCUUCUGUGUCAAUUUUUCGAUUUGUUUGAAAAUAUAAGGUAAUGGAUGAAUGGUUAUAUACCUAAGCAUUACCUGUUGUUGUUUCCAGGUAGUUAAUGUAUAUUUUAGCAAACAUCGACGUACUCAAAAAGUCUGAUGUAACAAAAUACCUAAAUUCAGUUCAAGGCAAGAGAUGCUUUUGUGACGCCAUGAUGAAGGUUUAAUCCAUGGGUUCACCCAUCAAAGAAAAACAGUAGGGUAUACAAAUUAAUGUCAUUUGAGCGUACAAAAUAUCAACAUUGGUUUCUUUGGUAGCUAAUGAACUCCUUGGAUGUAUGUUGAAGAAAUUAAAUGUUUUCAUGGCAAAAUUAGAUUGCCAUUCUUAAUGUGCGACCUAUGAACGAGCUGGAAAAAAACCCACAUGCAAAGGCCUGUAUUUCUGUAUUCAAUUUGAAUGCGGUUAUUUCUUGGCUUUUUAGAAGUGAACUAUUCAUGCUGAAAAAAACUGUUUUCAUAAAAUGAAGAAGGGAUUAGGAUUUAGGAAUCAUUUCGUGUUUUAUGCAUUCGUCUUUAUAAGGUUAAAUUAUGCUUCAUACCAUGUUUGUUUAAUUCAUUAAACUUUCAUAAAGUAGCCUUCAGUGUAAGUGGCAGCUUGUUUCACGUUUACAGUAGUUGAUUAAUUUAGCUGCAGCGUCUGCCCAUGGUAUCUGUAAGUGUGGGUAAGAGUGGGAAGCCCAAUCCCCAGAAGUGCACGGUUUCGUGCUUCUGUUAUCUAUCCGUGCUUCACAUGUAAGUAGGAGUGCACAACCACGAGACACCCUGCAUUCUUUGAAAAAAUCUACAGGAUUAAUAGCCAAUGAAAGAAGACAAAACCGUUGAUGCGGGCCUGUUUCUUUUUCCUUGUACAAGUUUAACACGCAGACGACUGUUGCGUCUACCUUCGUGGAGCCUUGGAGAACACUAGAAAACCGCCUCAAGUGAUAACCCGGGUUUAAAUUUGCAUGAACACAUCUGCCAUCAGCUGUGACUUGUUUGUGACCUACUUAAAUUAAGCUAUUCUGUUUAGCUGAUACAUAUUUCAUUGUUAAUGUUUAUCGAGUUACUCUUUUGUCAGAAAUCCCUAAUAAAUCACUGACCAUAUUUAUAUUUUAACUAUCAAA